AUGGCGCUCAUGAAAGUGAAAUUCAACCUCCAGAAGCGGGUGAAGUUGGCCCAGGGACUGUGGGUGAUGUACUGGCUGGCCGUCAUGGCCGGCGUGCUGGUCUUCAGCAUGGGGCUCUUCUUUAAGAUCGAGCUGCGCAAGCGGAGCGAGAUGAUGGACAACAACGAGAGCCACUUCGUCCCCAACCUGCUCAUCCUGGUGGGCGUGGUGGCGUGCGGCGUCAACGCCUUCGGCGGCAAGGUCUGCCACGACUCCCUGGACCCGGCCAAGUUCGCCAAGUGGAAGCCCAUGCUCAAGCACUACCAGUGCGGCUGCAUCUUCUUCAACGUGCUGCUCUUCCUCACGGCGCUCCUCUGCUUCUCCCUGCGCCUCUCAUUGCAGUCCACGCUGGCCGAGGGCCUCAAGAAUGGCAUGAAGUACUACAAGGACACGGACACGCCUGGCCGCUGCUUCAUGAAGAAGACCCUGGACAUGAUGCAGAUCGAGUUCCGGUGCUGCGGCAACAACAACUACAGGGACUGGUUCGAGAUCCAGUGGAUCAGCAACCGAUACCUGGACUUCAGCUCUGCUGAGGUCAAAGAUCGUGUCCUGAGCAACGUGGAAGGGAAGUACCUGAUGGACGGCGUCCCCUUCAGCUGCUGCAACCCCAGCUCCCCCAGGCCCUGCAUCCAGUUCCAGCUCACCAACAACUCUGCCCACUACGACUACGACCACCACACCGAGGAGCUCAACAUCUUCACGCACGGCUGCCGUGACGCCCUGCUCUCCUACUAUGGGGGCAUGAUGAACAGCAUUGGGGCCAUGGUGCUGCUGUUCACCAUCCUGGAGGUGGGAGUGUUGGUGGGGCUGCAGUACAUGAAGACUUCCUUGGAGACCAUCUCCAACCCCGAAGACCCAGAGUGUGAGAGUGAGGGCUGGGUACUAGAGAAGACUGUGAAGGAGACCAUGGCUGAGUACAUGGAGAAGAUCAAGGCUCUCACCAAGGGAAAUCAGGUGCAGGAGGGUGGGGAGGCGCAGGCGGUUGCCACAGUGAGCUGA